AUGAGAACCCAGGUUGAAGAGAGGUUCUCUGAGUUUUUUGAGAAGUGGAUUUGUCAGCUUGAGCAGCUCCAGCAACAGCUUCUCAAGCUGUCUGAGGAGGCACUGCAGAAUGAGGCAGAGCUACAAGCUUUGGUGUCGAAAGUCACCUACCUACACAAGGAAUAUUACACUGUGAAAUGGGCUGCUGCUCGUGAAGAUGUCCUGGCCUUCUUUUGCCCUGUUUGGUCGAGCCCUUUAGAGAAUGCCUAUAAUUGGGUCACUGGUUGGAAGCCUUCAAUGCUGUUUCAGCUCAUUGGGUCGUUGAGGAAGACGAGGCUGGUGAACAUGUCGGAGGAGCAGCUGAAGAAGAUUGAGGAGCUGAGGCUGAAGAUGAGGUAUGAGGAGGAGAAGGUGGAGAGGGAAAUGGAGAGGCAGCAGGUGGCCAUGGCGGACCGGAGGAUGGUCGAGUUGGCCCGGUUGGCGAGCCGGGUGAGGAACGGCGGCGAGGUGGUGGAGGUGGAGGUGGAAGGGUUAGUGGAAGUGGCAUUGAAGGUGAUGUUGAGUGGGUUGGAGAGGGUGAUGAAGGCUGCAGAUUGUGUGAGGCUCAAGACAUUGAAGGGUGUUUUGGAUGUGCUGAGCCCAUUGCAGUGUGUGGAGUUCUUGGCUGCUACUUGCAUGGUUCAGAUUAGGCUAAGGCAAUGGGGCAGGAAAAAAUGUGACCAAAAUGCUCUCCUAAACCAUUAG